CCUGCUGACGCCUCGUGUACUUUGUCCCGGCAGCUCCUUCAGUGGCAGAGUGUUCCGAGCCACCUUCCUGAUGCUGGCUGUGUCCCUGCUGGCCCCCCUGCUUGUAGCCGUGAUGCUGCUGGACUCCCCCAUAGACCCACAGCCCCUCAGCUUCAAAGAACCCCCUCUCUUGCUCGGUGUUCUGCAAGCAAACACAAGGUUGCGACAGGCGGAACGGCUGUUUGAAAACCAGCUUGUUGGGCCGGAGUCUAUAGCAAAUAUCGGGGAUGUGAUGUUCACUGGCACAGCAGAUGGCCGGGUUGUAAAGCUGGACCGCGGUGACGUAGAGACCAUCGCCCGAUUUGGCUCAGGCCCAUGCAAAACCCGAGGCGACGAGCCUGCGUGUGGGAGGCCCCUGGGCGUCCGGGCCGGGCCCAACGGGACCCUUUUUGUGGCCGAUGCUUACAAAGGGCUGUUUGAAGUGGACCCCAGGAAGCGGGAAGUAAAACAGCUGCUGUCCUCUGAGACCCCCAUCGAGGGCAGGAGGCUGUCCUUCGUGAACGAUCUUACAGUCACGCGGGACGGGAGGAAGAUUUAUUUUACUGAUUCUAGCAGCAGGUGGCAGAGACGAGAUUACCUGCUUCUGCUUAUGGAGGGGACGGAUGACGGACGCCUGCUGGAGUACGACACCAAGACCAGGGAGGUGACGGUUUUGCUGGACCGCCUGCGGUUCCCCAACGGAGUGCAGCUUUCUCCUGAGGAGGACUUUGUCCUGGUGGCAGAGACGACCAUGGCGAGGAUCAGGAGGUUCUACGUGUCCGGCCUGAUGAAGGGAGGGGCUGACCUGUUCGUGGAGAAUUUGCCUGGAUUCCCAGACAACAUCCGGGCCAGCAGCUCCGGGGGGUACUGGGUCGCCAUGGCAGCCGUUCGCUCCAACCCUGGCUUUUCCAUGUUGGAUUUCUUGUCUGAGAGACCCUAUCUUAAAAGAUUGAUUUUUAAGCUGCUGGGUCAGGAGACGGUGAUGAAGCUCGUGCCGCGGUACAGCCUGGUCCUGGAGCUCAGUGACAGCGGGGCCUUCCGGAGGAGCCUGCACGACCCCGAUGGCCAGGUGGCCCCCUACGUGAGCGAGGCGCACGAGCAUGGCGGGCACCUGUACCUGGGCUCCUUCAGGUCCCCCUUCCUCUGCCGGCUCCGCCUCCCUGCCUUGUAGGCCCUGCCCCGCCCACCCGCCCUGCCGGCCCUGAAAGUAUGGUGCCGCUGCGGGGCACCCUCCCUGGGCUCCGCCCCGAGACUGAGGGAAGGUGGUGUCUGCCUUGGGGAUGAUGAGUCCCCGUAAAGCUGCUUUCUCUGAAAAGCUCUCCUGGGUGCAGCGGUUCCCUAGACACGGGCCUCCGGUCCAGGGACAGGGCGGUGGGUGAGCCGUCCAGGAUCUUGUUUCGCUGCAGGCUCUGUGCUGCCAGCCUUGGUGUCUUUACUGUUAACCGGUGACGCCUGUCUUGGGGGUGGGGCCGGGCGGGCGGGGGGAGCUCAGAGCAAACGUGUGUCAGGCUGUGGCCGGGCCAACAAAGACGUCACAACCCUGUUCUCCAGGGUCAGUAGGACACGGCCUCGGCCCCAGGGUCCCUCCCGUAGCUCCCACUCUCCUGCCCCACUCGGCCCCCUCCCUGCCUGAGUCCCCUGGCCCUUGAAGGCAAGGAGCUGAGUGCAGGCAGAGGAGCCGCAUGUUGAUUCCAGCAGCUCAGGGGACCCCCCUUCCCUGGGGCCGGCCACCGGAUGGAAGGAUGGGGAUUGAAGGUGGGGCCGGGGGAGGGGGGUCCUGUUCACACACCUGGCUCUGCACCGCCAGCCCCGAUGUGAAGAGCGCACGUGGGGAUGUCGCAUCCGCUCCACGACACAGGCCUGGUGCUGCUGUGUAUACUGACGGGGCAUCUGCUCGGGCCCAGGUGUUGCAGGCCCGAGGUUAUGAUAAUUAAACGGACUUCUCCCCGAUGGC